AUGUUUUCAGCUCGUGGUGAUGCAUCUCUAAAAAUACACCUUGAAAGUUCUAGCAUCAUAAAAUAUACAAGUCCUAUUAGUCAAAAUGCUAUAAUUGAUUAUAAAAUAGUAGACAGAGUAAAUGAAGCCAAAUGUUUUACAGUUCUUGUCGACGAAACUUCAGAUAUAGCUGGUAUCGAACAAGUGUCUAUUUGCGUUCGAUAUAUUGAUUUAAAAUGCCUUGAAUUACACGAAGAGUUUCUACAAUUUGUUCCAACCACUGAUGCAUCGGGAAAAGGUUUAUCUAAUCUUAUACUUGAUAAUCUUAAAAAGUUUGGUAUAAAUACACAAUAUCUUCGGGGUCAGGUGUAUGACGGUGCAGCAGCGAUGGCUGGAAAAUAUAAUGGAGUUCAAGCUUAUGUAAAAAAAGAACAUCCUUUAGCUUUAUACGUACAUUGCUCUGCUCAUUCCUUGAAUCUUGCCGUAUCGGUAUCAUGUAACGUUAGCCAAAUACGCAACUGUAUGGGAACGAUAGGAAAAUUGAGAGACUUUUUUAUGUUUCCGAAACGAAAAUCUAUACUUUCAAAAGCUAUUGAAAUAUCAGAAAAUAAUAUUUCUAAAAAAUCAUUAGAGAGAAAUUGUGAAACUAGGUGGAUUGAACGAUAUCAUUCAGUUAGCGAUUUUUUAGAAUUGUUUGAAUGUGUAGAAGAAGCUCUUGAAGAAAUUUGUGAGUGGGAUAAUACAGACACGCCAAAUCAAGCUGGCGCUUUCCGAAUUUCAAUUCUUCAACCAGAAUUUAUAAUUACAAUGGUUACUAUUUCGAAAAUAUUUGGACUUGGACUACCACUAUCAAAACAGUUUCAGAAAGUUGAUAUUGAUUUAAAAUUGGCCAUGGAUUUAGUUCAAGAUACUUUGAUCGAGCUAGAAGAUUAUAGAAAACACGCUCAGAAAAAUUUUGAAGACAUUUUUUUAGCUGCCAAAAAAAUUGCUGACAAUUUUAAUGUGACGAUUACAAUCCCAAGAAUUAAUAAAAGACAAAAAAGACUAAAUGGAUUGGCCAUGUUAAACAUUCAUAGGGGAGUUGAAAUUACUGUUGAUGAAGUGAUAGCUGAAUUAGCAAAAUAA